AUGUUGAAUGAUGUGAAGUGUAGCAACAGGAGGAUUAUCAGAGUGAGAUGUCUGAUAGCUGCCAUCAUUCUAAGCACGUCCAUCUUCUGGAAAGGAAGUCUGUAUUAUGGUUCGAUGUUGAGCAUCCCCCUUCGGGAUGCUCAGACUCAGCUUUCGCUUCAUCUUUAUCCUUUGCUCGAAGAACACAGGCCUCAAUGUUCUCCACCUACAUUGCACGGCAACGCCGGGCUGCAUAGAUUCAAUCCGAUCGUCGGUACGCCGCAAGAAAACCACCUCGUUGAUCCUGAUGGCUUUGUAGAGCCAAUGCAGGUAGCCCACGAUAGCUUUGUCCAAGCUAUUCGGCACACUCAGAUCGAGCGAGCCUAUAUAAGGGGAACUAAAGGCAUUGUGUCGUCAGCAGGUGGGAAGUAUCUUCCUACUUUCAUUAUAUUUCUGCGCCUGCUGCGGCGAACCGGCGCAAGGCUGCCGGUAGAGCUCUUCAUGAAAGAUUGGAUUGAGUACGAACCGUACAUAUGUGAGGUAGUACUACCUUCACUAAAUGGGAAAUGCGUGGUGCUUUCCGAAGUAUUCACAGGCCCGGAUGGGGCAAAACCCGACCUUGAACAUUUUCAACUAAAAGCAUUCUCGAUCCUAUUUUCGUCGUUUCAGGAUGUUAUCUGGAUGGAUUCAGACUGUUUCUUCCUUUAUGAUCCUACCAAUCUGUUGACCUCCAAGCCAUUCACAUCCACGGGUCUUGUUACCUGGCCCGACUUCUGGUCUUAUACAGUGUCGCCAACGUACUACAACAUCUCUCGUCAAGCCAUAAUCCCCACGACAGCCCGACAGUCCACCGAGGCCGGGAUGUUUCUCAUCUCAAAAAAGACUCAUUUCAGGAGCCUUUUGCUCUCCGCCUACUAUAACUAUCAUGCGUCCUAUUUUUAUACGAUGAUCUCCCAAGGCGCCCCAGGAGAGGGUGAUAAGGAUACAUUCGUGCUAGCUGCAAGUGCCCUUGGGGAGAAGUUUCAUACUGUCGGUGAAAAGGUGGCGGACUUAGGGCAUCCUGCACCGGAUGGGGGUGUGUUAGGGGCUGCCAUGCUGCACGCGGAUCCAAUAGAGGACUACAAACUAACACGCCAGGGCCGAUGGCGAGUGCGAGAUGAGUCUGUUGCCAAAGCGCCUCGUGGAUACUGGCUGCAUGCAUAUAGCCCAAAGUUCAAUGCUGGCGAGGACCUAUUUAGUAAAAAGACACAGGACAAGGAUGGUCACCCUGGUCGAGCGUAUACGUCCAAAGAGGAGACGCUGAAACGGCUUGGGUAUGACGCAGAACGAGAUCUUUGGGAAGAGACUAAAACCGUUACAUGUACCUUGGAGCAUGCGUUUGACGCGUGGAAGACGAAGACUGGGUUAUGUGAGACGGUUACUAAGCACUGGGAUGCUGUUCAAUACAACAGCAACAUGCAAAUCAAGUCCCUCUUCGUCGUCCUCACCGGCCUGAUGGCCUUCGCCGCAGCUGCUCCCGCGGAAGCUGAAGCCAGAGACACCGCGAACGUUCAAGCCAGAAAGUCCUGGACUGCGGAAGGUGGCUGCAAGACAGAUUGGGCCGGCCGUUGCAACGCACAAUGUAUCGGUGAGGGUGUGAGAUCUCAUGGAUGCAAGAAGGGCGAUAUCAGCUCCGGCAUUGAGUCGUCCCACUGUGUUAUUGGCUGGAAUAUCUGCAAGUGCUCUUGCUAG